AUUAAAAUAUUUUUGGUGAUGAAAACAAAACUGAGAAUUAUUAUAACAACUGACGACAUCAUUAACAUCAGCAUCAUAGAACCAGCACAAACAUAAAUUGUUCACACUCGAUCAAAAGAGAUAAAAACGCUUAAAGUGACACAACACAUAAAAUAAGUAGAUGCAUACGUCAUUAUAAAGCAAAAACACAAAAACCAAUUUAAACGUCAACAAGACACACAGCUACUAAAACUGAAACUGAAACAAACUACAAAAUACUUAAAACGACGUCAUUAUAAAUUCAAUACAAGGAAAAGAAAACAAGAAAACAAAACAGAAAAUUUCCCACAAAAAAAUUGAGCAAGGUUAGGUGACACACAGUGACAGCCAAGCAGUCAAGUCAACAAUCUUUCUCUCAGCCACCCAACAAGCUAUAACAGCAAAAACAACAAACAGCUUCUUGUGCUUCAUCUAACCCAAAUAAAAGUAAAGAGAACCAUUAACCAAACAACCAACAACCAGUCAGCCAAACCAAACAAAUAAACAAACAGCCAGCGAGUUAAACAGUCCGACGAACAAAAACUGCACACACCGAGAGAAAAAUUACCACAAAUUCAACAUUAGAAAUAAAGAGCAAAAAAUAUUGAAAAAAACACAAACAAAAUCUUAAAUAUUGAGAUUAAGAGCAAAAUGAGGUGUAAAAAUCCAAGCUAAAAGGAAAAUUGUCAAAUGAUUUCUUAAAAACCAAAAAAAUAAAAAAUAAAACGAAUAAAAAUAGCUAGAAAAUAGAAAAAAGUGCUUAAAUGAAACAAAAAUAAAAUAAAUUUUCUGCUGCAAAAUCUAAAAAAUCAUCAACGACAAAAAAAUUAUCAAAAAAAAAUAAAGAAGAAAAAGUCAAAUAGAAUCUAAUAAAGCGGAAGAUUUUGUUCCUCUUGUGUGGUUGAUAAAGCAGAGAAGAAAUUUUUGUUUUUGGGGUCUUUAGUUAAAAUCCGUUGGUCCAACAUCAAACAAGGCGCGUUAAACGAAUUUGUCUUUGUAAAUAACAAAAAAAUAAGAAAAAAAUAGUUAAUUUUAAUUUGAAAUAAAAUAGAAAUUAAAAAAAUUAAAAGAAAUUCGCACAUAAACGCAGGCAAUUGAAUGAAAAUUUUAACGAAUUUAAAUUAAAAAAAAAUAAAAAAUUAUAAUAUGAAAUUAAACAAAACCAAGUUUUUAAGUGUCUCAGUGUUUCCCUAAAAGUGCUAAAGCAAAAGUCUUUAAAUAAAAGAAAUUAUAUAAAAUAAAUAGUAUAGAAAUAAAAUAAAACCCCUCUAUAUUUUGUAACACAAAUAUUUAUUAUACAAAAAAUAAAAAGAAAAAAAUUAAAAAGCAAAAUAUGUAUUUUUUGAAAAUCUUUAAUAAUAUGCCACAAUAUGCUGCAUGCAACUAAAUUCAACACCUACAACAACUAUUUUCUACACAACAUUUACUGCUGCUGCUACUCUUGUUGCUGCUGCUCUUCUACAAAGGAUUAAUUUAGCGUGAUUUAUUUUGUUGUUGCUGCAAUUUUGUCAAGCUGUUGUUUUUUUCAUUCGUUCUUUUUUUUUCAAUAUAUAAAUAACAAGAUUAAAAACAAGCAACGCCAACCUCCCCACAAUGCAACGAUCUAAAUGACGUCACGUUUUUUGCAAAUAGCUAAAUCCGUUCAAGUGGAGAGCGGAUAGCAGCAGUGACACAGAGCGGAGGUUUCAUUCUAUAAUUAUUUCUGCGGAGAAAUACUAUAGGAAACCAAUUGUGAUAUUUUUUUCAGUUCAUUUUCAUUUUAAAAGUAAAACACUAAAAGUACGUUCAAAAUUUAACUACAAAAGUAACUUAAAGAACAAAAAAAGAAGAAAUAGAACUACUUAAGUUGUAUUUUAUAGUUUAUUUUUAAAACUCUCUACAAUAUUUUUUUCUACAAUUAUUUUUUAACGUUAUAAUUUCCAUAAAUGUAAACGUGGUAUUCAUUUACUCCAUUUAACGGUAACGAAAAAAGACAUUUCCCAGCUUUAAACUGAGGGAGAGAUAUACAAUCUUUAUAUUUUAUCGAAACGUGGCCAGAGAGAGAUAGAGAGAAGACCUUUUAGAAGGGGGGCUUUAUUUAUGUUAGAAUUCAAUACAGUCGCCAUGUCACAUGGGGGCGGCCAGGAAUGUUUGUAAUAUUUCCAGCUGAUGAACUCAUCUUGAUGACAUACGGUGCUGCUAUACCUCGUAUAAGUCCACGACCAACACUCGAUUGCCUGCGUGAACCUCAAGUACCAAUUGUUAUACCUGCCCGAAGUUUACCUCCCCCCACAUCGUCGACGUUAACCACUUUACCAGCACCUCCAGCAACCACAUCUGCCAGCUUUUUCGCACGCUUUAGGGGAGAUCAGCAAGUGCAGCAACAACAGCUGCAACAACUACAGCUACUACAACUACAACAACUGCAAUUACAGCAACAGCAAGAAGAGUUGUCUUUAAAUUUAGCUAGCGAAGAAAUUGAGCAAUAUCCGGUUUAUCCGCAAGAACCGCUGGCCCAUAGACUUUUACACUCCACUUACGAUCGUCCCGUUUUACCCACAAUUUUAGAGAGACCUUCACCCACACCCUCACCUGCACCAAUUCCAUUUACAACAUCAACGCCACCUUUGACGCCCACACAUCGCACAUCUAAAUCAUCUCUGAAAAGGUCUACACCCGUUCUGCGUAGACCCGAAUCAACUGUUGCACCACCAGCGGCGACAGCAACACCUCCUCAGCUGAGAGCACCGAUGUAUAAUGAUUUAAACAUGCGCUCUUCACAACAACAACAGCAACAUCAGCAACCAACUUCAUCAUCCACUUCACAGUCAUCCCGGCCAACUCUGGAGCGUUCUACAGCUUUGCGUGAAUCCACCCCCUUGAGAUAUAAUGAAGAUCCUGCCUUGGCCAUGGGUUCUCAUCUUUAUCCGCCCAUACAAUAUCCCACCGGAUCGUUAGAACAUCCCAGUAGAGAGAGUAGUCCCAGCAUACAUGUAGAGCCGCCGGAAACAGACCCCACAAAACCCCGCUUGGGUCCCGGCUGGGGACGUCCCAUGUCACCCAUGGAAUUGCCACCCGAACCUUCAACGUCACAGAAAACAGCCUCGAGUAAAUCGCGCCUAUUAAGGCCUAAACUACAUAUACCACUUGGAAGACUGGGUCGUUCAUCGUCCAGCGAUCACAAAGAAUCUCAUAGACUGCGAGAAGAUUUAGAAUUACAAGUAGAAAAUCCCAUAUUUAAUACAGAAAAUUUAAGACAACGUAACUUUGAUGCUUUUUUCGAUUCCGGUGAACCUGUUUACAAGCUACAACCGAAAACACCUGCCACCGCACCAACAGACAGUUCAAUGGGUGGCUCUUUGCCGCCCCUGGAUAAUUACGCCGGUGUCUAUGAUUCGCCGCGUAAAAACCGCAAUACCUCAUCGGGUGGCCUAUUUGCCCGUUCGUCUAAAGAGGAAAAACUUCUCAGUUCACGUUCCAAAAGUGCCGAACAAUUUGAUCCCCUAAGAGAUGGUCGAGCAUCGUCUGUGGGUCCCGCAGCUGGUUCCGCUAGUGUGGCUAGUGGUGGCAGCGGUGGUGGCGGCAGUACAAGUGCUGGUGUGCCCCAGAAAGAUUUCUUGGGAAAAUCUUCAAGUGGUCCAAAAAGUCGUAAUUUCUUUGGGUGGAGGGGACCACGAGGUGGUUCCCUUAGCCCACAAUCUAGUAUGGCGUCCAAUACCGGAGUGCUUAAGGAUUACGGUCACAGUAGUUUAAAUGAGGCUUUCAAAUCCCAAAAUAAUGUCAACUUUAAAUUGAUUAAAACUGUUUCCGAUUUCACCGAAACCCUUUCCCAUUUGUAUGAGGAACAUGCAACUGCCCUACAAUCCCUUGUUACCAAUUUUCGCAAAAAGAAUGCCGAACUUAGAAAAGAAAGACCCGCCUGUCAUUUGUCAAUUUUCCAAGCCUGGGAAACAUUCCUACAAGAGGUUGAAACGGAUUCUCAAGCAUCCAAUGAUGUGGCAAAUGUUUUAUAUAGACAGGUGUCACGACCAAUGCUCGAUAAAUCCUUUCAUCGUAAAGUUCAAAGUCGAAAAAUAUUUACACACAGGGAGUCCUUUGAGACCAUUAUUGCAAAGACUGAAGAAAAAUUAUCAAAGUGUCGCCUGGACUAUAAGCAAUGUUACAUGUCACAUCGUCAGAGUCCCACACAACAUUCGCUUACGGAAUAUAUUGAUGCACAUAAUGCCUACGUGCAACAAUUGCAUGCCACAAAUGCCAUGUUGGAAACGUAUAAUUGCGAGACUGUGCCACAAUUGAUGCAGGAACUAGAAGAGAUACACAACGAUUUAUGCAGUAUUAUUGCCGAUUCAAUACAACAGGGUGCUGAUGUUAUAUGCAACAAGGCUUCGGACCAGGCAAAACGUUACAAUAGCCUGACAACGCAAUGUACAACGAUUUCGCCUGUACAGGAUUUAACAAACUUUGUGCGUAUUCUCCCACCAAUUACAGCACAACUACAAAAGCCACCCAAAAGGCCAUUUGCUACACCUCAGCCGGCGGCAGGUGAACAGGAUGAUAAUGGUGAAUAUAAUGAAAUGACACCAAUUUUACGCAACGAGUUGGUAUUUGAUCGUCAUUCCUCCGUAUCAUUACGUUUGGCAUUGGAAUCAUUGAAACGGGAAGCUUUGGAUUUGGAAAUGCAAAUACGACAACUGCAGGAUGCCAUUGACGUUUUAAAUCGCAAUCAAAUACGCGGCAUCGAGGGACAACUGUAUAAUAAAGUCAACGAAACACAAGAGGAUCUUCUAAUGAAUAAAUUUGAUUUACGCGCCAAACAACUUCACCUGGCAGCGAUACGUGCACAGAAAGAACUAUUUGUGAGUAAAGUUGAUCCGGGUUCACCGCGCGGCGAACGUAAAUUUUCGGCAGCCACUGCGCCAUCGAUGAAAACAAAGUGGCUGAAAGCAAUUAAAAGCCUAAAACCGGCUUCUGGAUCAGCAGCACAAGCAGACAGACGCAAUGGAGCCGCUGGCAGUUCAUCGCAGCCAUUACGGCCUAACGAGGAUGGUAGCCAUCAUUUACAGGAGUACACGUAUAAAAAGAUAACAGCCUGUGAUGUGUGUUCACAAAUAUUAAGAGGUCAUACACGUCAAGGUCUCCGUUGUCGUAUUUGUAAGUUAAAUGCUCAUGGCGAUUGUGCCUCGCAGCUGCCACGUUGUCAGCCCAAACAAAAGUUGUUGAGACGUCAAAAAAGCACCUCGGAAUUGGAAAAUCGUAUAGAUAUCGAGGAAGAAACUGCUGCCGACAACAAAGCCAAGAGACCUUUCGGAGAACCUUUAAUGUUGAAUAAGAAAAUUUUAAUGAAUUCUGUACCAGCAGCAGGAAGAAGUAGAGCAUCAACAGGACCAAGGAUAGCAACGACAGCAUUAACGGAAGCGAAUACGAAACCUGUGAAAAAAGUUCGACUAAAAACUUGAUAAAACCCUCACAGCCCCCACCCCAGAGGAAACCUUCCCAUACCUAGUAGAGUGUCUUUUGUAAGAUCUGUAAUGAAAAAGAAAAACCUUUACCUUGUUACAAAAAAAAUUUAAAUGUCCUGUGUUAAAAAAAUAUGAAGUAAAGCCUCAGAAUAAAUAGUUCUUUUAGAAAAUAUUUAAAAAGUAAAAAAAAAAUAAAAUUUAAAACAAAAUAAAUUAUUUUUAAUUUUGUAUUUUAAUUUAAUUUGUUUAAUUGAAUUAUCACCUAAAUUCAUUAUUUACUUUCAUGCAGAGA